AUGGACACUAGUUACCUGUCCCAGCAGGUCAACACCAUCAUCGGCCAGCUACACGGCUUGUUCGAUGAGAUCGGCGUCCCUAACCAUGAUCGCGAGGCGCGCGAGGCAGACCUCUUCGAGGCCCUCUCAAAGGCCCUGACCGACCAGGUCCGUCUGGUUACUGUUGAGAAGGAAGAGAUGGUGGAGGAAGCUGAGCGCAUGAUCAACAACAUUCGCCAGAUGGAGGCUUCGAUUAGCGGUCGCCGCGACCGCGAUGGGGAUGACAUCAAGAUCACAUAUCCCCUAAUCAGGUGUUUAAAGGCUCUCAAGGAGAAGCACGCCCACGUUAGCAGAUUGCACAAGGAGCGCUUCGCACAGGUCAAGAAACUUGUCGAAGCUCUCGAGUCGUAUUCGUCACACCUCGAACCUACCUUUGUCCAGAUCCCCCUCCCCCCGACGGGACCGAACCAGUCCGUCCCUACGAAUUUCGAUCUGUCACCCGCCUACGUUGACAAGCUCGACAACGAAUUUACGAGAGUCUAUGAAGAGUACAGUCGCCGUGUCGCAACCGUUAAGGCCCUUUGCGAACACACCAUCCAGCUCUGGGCUGAGCUAGGCACCCCCCAGGCCCAAACCGACGGCGCCAUCGUCAAAUAUUACCGAGAUGCGCCUGAGCAAUUAGGUCUGCACCAGGAGGACAUCGAGCGCCUCAGGGCCAAGCGCGACAAGUUGUCAGAGGAGAAGAAGAACCGGGAGAAGCGCCUCAAGGACCUGCGGGCCGCUGUGGAAGCUCUAUGGGAGAAGCUCGAGGUCGACGUGGGAGAGAGGAAAGCCUUCCUCAACAGCAACCGAGGCUGUGGCGUCCGUCAGAUUAACGAAUUCGAGGACGAACUGGCCCGCCUCAACGAGCUCAAGCGACAGAACCUGCAUCUCUUUGUUGAGGACGCCCGCUGCAAGCUGCAAGAGCUUUGGGAUGCCCUCUACCUGUCUGAAGACGAGAUGCUCGAGUUCACUCCUGCUUUUUCCGACGUAUAUAGCGAUGCUCUCCUGGAAGCCCACGAGCGCGAAAUUGCCCGUCUUGAAGUUCUCAAGGAGCAGCGCGCUCCUACUCUGGCACUCAUCGACAGGCACAAGAGCCUCACCCACGACCGCGAUGAGCUUGCAGCCUCCAGCCAGGAUGCUUCUCGACUCAUGAUGCGCGGUCAAAAGGGCGAGAGGCGCGAUCCCGGCAAGCUCCUCAGAGAAGAAAAGAUGCGCAAGCGUAUUGCCAAGGAGUUGCCCAAGGUCGCUGCCGACCUACGCCAAAUCCUCGAGCGCUUCGAGGAUGAGUAUGGACGGCCAUUCCUGGUCCAUGGUGAGAGGUACCUGGAUGUCGUGGACGCUGACGAGAGGCCGGCGCCUCCCCCACGAUCUAAGACCCCCGGUGCUGGACAAAUGGCCUCGGCGACAAAGCCGAGAGCUGGCCACGGCCGCGCAAAUAGUGUCAGCGCUGUUAUGAGACCACCUACCCGCCAGGGAGCCAAGACACCUGUUGCUCCCGCACCAACUACUAAACGCAGCGCGAACAACAUGAAUGCCGCAUCCCAGGCCAGACCAGUCUCCGCCUACGCGAAGGCCCCGAGUAGCCCUCGCCCGGUGUCUUCUCUGGGCAGUCUCCACAACAACUACAGCACUCUCAGCAACCACGGUACCCUCACCAAGCCACCUGGUAGCCCAUCGAGAAUUCCGGCACGCGCACCGCUUACCAACCUAAAGUACGGCAACAACUCUCCUGAGAGAAUGCAACGACCCGAGUCGCGAAUUGAUGCGUAUGCCACAAUACGUGGGGCCCCUCAACUUCGCGCUCCUCCUCCAAAGAUGCGCGAUCUCCACGCUAUGGACUUGGAGACUCCUACCAACGCAUACAAGUCGGCUGGUUUGGGCGGUAGCAUCGUGCGGCAGGUCGAGCUGGAAGACGUCUAUGACGACUGCCAGCAGCCGCGGCUCAUGAGAGCCAACUCGACCCUCUCUCACACGUCGCACGCGUCGCAUACUUCUCACAACUCGCAUGCCUCGGCGUCAUCACACCAGUCCCAAGGCUCCUCCCAGUACGAAUACCACUCAUCAACCAUCCGGGCACAACCAUCCUCGUACCCCCAGGGACAGUCGAGUCGCCAGAUCUCCAACUCGUCAAACGGCUCAAGUAACGUGACGGGUUCUGAGAACUGGGAGACCUACGACGAUGCCAGUGAGCCAGAACAGGACGCGACGGACACGUACUACGCCAAGGUGCGAGCGGCGCGGGGCAAGCGAUUCGAGCCCGAGUCCGAACAACGGCCACCAGCAAACGACCCCAAGAGACAGCGUGGCUUCCCGCCGCAAACCCAUGCUGGGCAUGGGUAUGCAGACGUUGAGGGAAACCGCAUCAUCUCGGGCAGCGAGUGGACGGACGAGGACGGAUACUAA